AUGAACAGCUCAGGUAGUCACUUAGCACGUACAGUGACUCAUUCUCACAAAUACGGCUACUGGCGCUUCCCAGAGAACCACCUGGAUUACUCCGAAGUUGUGGAUGCCAUUCGCGGCGAAACCCAGCGAGUCCUUACACAUCUCGAUACAAGCAAUGUCCGGGAACAGUAG